AUGGUUGUUAGAACCAUCUAUAUUGCUAGGCAUGGCUACAGGUCAAAUUGGUUACCACAAGGUCCAUAUCCAUUACCACCAACAGGAGUGGAUAGCGAUGUCCCUCUAGCGAAACACGGUAUUGAUCAAGCGAAAGAGCUAGCUCAUUACAUUUUAUCCCUGGGGAAUCAACCUGAAAUGAUUUUCUCAUCUCCAUUUUAUAGAUGUAUUGAAACUAGUGAACCUAUUGCUGAUAUACUCGAGUUACCGAUUAACGUUGACGCUGGUUUAGGUGAGUGGUAUAAGCCAGAUAGAGAGGUUAUUCCGGUACCAGCACCAUUGGAGUCCCUGGAGAAUUUCUUCCCCCAGAAAUUGAACAAGAACUGGGAAUCUAGUGUGAUACCAAGUGAUAAAGGUGAGACUGAAGAGGAAUUGUACCUAAGGUGUAAAAACUUCUGGCCCAAAUUUAUCAGUAGAGUGGAAAAGGAUUUUCCCAACAUCGAGACUGUACUAUUGGUGACACAUGCUGCAUCAAAGGCCUCUCUGGGGAUGAAUUUGCUUGGGUUUUCCAAUUGGAGAGAACCGUUGGAUGAAGAUGGUAAUAUCAUCAGAAGUGGUAGUUGUUCAUUGGACAAAUUCGAAUUAGUCCCGUCAACUAGUGAUGAGGGUGAAGAGACUUUGCCAUUUGAAUCUAGACAAUGGAGAAUGACGAUGAAUGGUAAUACAGAAUUCUUAACUAAAGGUGAAGAGAUGAAUUGGGAUUACAGAAAUGCAUUUGAAGCUGGUUCAGAUGCAGAUAUGAAGUUGAGACGUGAGGCUGCUGCCGCCGCUGCUACGGAAGCUGCUGCUUCUGCGGCUGUUGAAGGUCCCUAUGAACAACCGACGGAAUCCGUUUAUGUCAGUGUAGAUUUACCCUCUAACAGUUACAGAGAAAGGGCAGAAAUCGACAGAACCGCAUCUUUACAGUACUCUGGAUUGAACACACCACAUCCAUUAUUUAAAAUUGGUAAUAAACUCUAUGAAGGUGAUUGGAAGAAAUUAGUAGGUACAGAAUUGGCAUUCUUAGGUGAAGCUGUAUUGAACAAGAAGUCAAGAGGUGAACAAUUAGAUAAGAAUGACGCUGAUGAUGCUGGCGAUGAAGUUGAAGGUGGUGAUGGUGAGUCUGGGGCAAAAUUGGAAUCAGAGUCUCAUCAGGAGAAGGAUGGUGAAAUGCAGCAAGAGGAUGAAGAGGAACAUUCAGAAAGGAUUUAUAGAAUUACCGAUAGGAUAGCUUUGACAAGAGUUCAACCUAUGUAA